ACUCAACUCUUAUUCACUUCUUAUGCUAUAUCAAUACGUUCGUUUAAAUACUGACUACGAAAUACAUUAACCAAGUAAAGUACCAGGAGAUCUCGCACAAACACUCUUCAGAAUAUAGAAGUAAGACUUGGGAUAUUGAAAGAGAAAUUAUCAGCAUGGUUCUACUUGGCGGCCUCGAAGUCCUCGCGGCAGGCUACCUUUUAAAACAACAUCUCAAACACAAAGAGGAGAAGCAGCGUCUCGAAAUUGAAGCUUUGAACCUCGAAGAACAGUCUUAUCGCAUUUAUUCUUCCGAUCGCGCUGGUCCUUCGCAUCGAAGACGAAGACAUUCUCAUGAGAGGGAGCAUGAUCGCGCACAUGAUAGGGACAAGGGGAGGGAAAGAGGGAGGGAAAGGAGUAAGGAGCGCAGUCACAAAAGUAGAGACUCAUCCGAAAGUAAAUACAAAUAUGACAAGAGGGAGCGAGAUGAUCGAAGGGAUGAGCACAGAGAUGAUAAGAGGAGAAGUAGGGAGGAUUUGAGGUAUAGCAACUCGCGGCCAGCAAAAAGCUAUUAUGCGCCGCCAUCGGGACAUAAAUCACACUCGCAGUCUCAAAAACCAGUACAUCCACAUAUUGGCGCACCGUCAACACAAUGGGUUCCUCCUCCUCCACCUCCACAACACCGCAUGAACAGCCCACCUAUCAUCACCACGUCUCCCUCUUCCACUCAUCAUCCUCAGCCUUAUCCUCCUUACCAAUCAUCCUCGCACUCUCUCCACCCAACCUUCGCAAAUGAACCAUAUGCAUAUCCACCCGAGAAGUUGCCUGAGUCAAUGCUGAGACCUGGUGCACCAACUCGAGGUCGUUCAUCAUCUGCGCCUGGCAACAUAUAUGAGAGUCCAAGAGCAAAUACAUCGAGAGUAAGGAUUGUGGUUCCAGGGGAGGAUGAACUCACAAUUCCGGGCGAAACAAGAGAUCCUCCACCUGCAUAUGAAGAGGUUGGAGGGAGGGACUGAUGAGACGUGUGAUGCAAGUCCCGUCAGAUUGGCUGAUUUGGAUGAUGAUCAUCUAUCUAGGGAAGGAAGGCUGGGUUUCCGGUUUGGUUAGGCGAUAAUGGUUAAGACACGGAUUUCGGUUCACUGGAUUAGGUUGGAAUAGAGAUAUUCAUCUGGGUUAGAUGAUUCAUUUUGUCUUCAUUACUGGCGAGAAUAUCACACAUGGGUUGCAUGGAUCGUCUGGGUUUGGAACGGGUAUUUGGUGCUGGUCGCUGUAUUUCGGUGGAAUAGUAUGUUGAUUUUGUAGGAUAUGCUGCUCAGGAAAGUGCUUGGUCUAGUUUUCACGGAACAUGAUUUAUAAAGCAAUGGUUUAGUUUUUUGGUGGUAGCAUUCUUGGCGAUAUCCU